UUCUUUGAGAAAAAAUACAAAUCAUGGAAGAUUCAACAUAUAUGAACUUUUCAGAGAUAUAUACAAAUUUUUAUGAUGGAUUCAUUGAACCUUGUAAUAAGGAAGAUGUUUCUAAAUUCGCAACUCUCCUCACUACCAUUUUGAAUUCAUUCCUUUUUAUCUUUAGCAUUAUAGGAAAUUCCCUGGUGUUGUGGGUUCUCAUUGCAUAUGAAAAUUUUGUGUCUCUGACAAACGUUUUCAUUUUCAACCUUUCCAUUGCUGAUCUGAUUUUAACAUUGUGUCUUCCAUUUUUUAUUGUGUAUCACAGAGAAGGUUGGGUUUUUGGACCAGUGGCUUGCAAAACAUUUAAUGCACUUUUUUCAGUGGGAUUCUACAGUGGGAUUAUUUUCUUGACAUUCAUGACCUAUCAUCGUUACCUUGCAGUGGUGGAUCCCUUGUCAGCUCUGAAAACCAGAAGACCUAUAUUUGGUAUACUCACCAGUAUAGUAGCAUGGGUAAUGAGUAUAUCUGCCUCUGUUCCUAUAAUAAUAUUUCAAGUUCAGUUUAACCAUGAUGAUUUUAAAAAGUGUGAAUACAUCGAUAUUCUCCCACAGUUAGUAAACAAUUAUCAACAGAAUAUGUGCUUUCUGAUUGCUUUCUCUGUUAUCAUUGUUUGUUACUUUAACAUUAUUAGGACAUUGUUGAGAUCUCAAUCCCAAAGGAAUCACAAACCAGUCAAACUAAUAUUAAUCAUAGUGUUUGUAUAUUUUGUUAGUUGGGCACCUUACAAUAUUGUUGUGCUACUGCACUCCUUACACCAACAACACAUUUUCAUGGACUGCAAGUUUGUUAAAAAUAUUGAUUAUGCAAAAUAUGUUACUGAAAAAUUAGCAAUAUCACAUUGUUGUCUAAAUCCUAUACUAUAUGCUCUUGUUGGGAUCAAAUUUAGACGCCAUUUAAAGCGAUUGAUAAAUUACUAUUGUCCAUUUAAAUAUAAUGUACACCAAUCUUUAAGUAGAGAUUUACACUAUUACUCUCACAAUGAGGAUGUAUCUCUUUAUUGAGUGUAUCUGUGAAUUCUGGUAUAUUCAAAUUAUUAGAACAGCUUAUUUUUUACGUUUGAUUUUCUUUGUAUUUGUAAAUAACUUUGCUAAUAUAGAAAAUUGGCUACAAUCAUACAUGAAAUCUCUCUAAAAGCUUAUGUUAAGAUGAUAUACUUUUUGUGCAAUAUGCAUUUUGAGGAUUAAAUCCUAUUAUCA